AUGGGUUUAGCUUCACAUGGGAGAAGCCUCGCAUUUCAGAUAGCUAAUCCAAAAUCAAGGCCUUUGAUUAGGAUGAAGUACUAUUGCAGUUACAAAGCAGAAAGCAAUAAGCAAGAAGAUGAAACAGUGAGGGAAAUCUGUAGCAUUUUGAAGCGAAGCAAAGAGUGGCAAUCGGUGUUGAGCUCAUCAGGGUUUCCCAAGAAGCUAAACCCACAUGUGGUUCGAUCGGUUCUGCAGCAACACCAUCAGGUUGGUGACCCAGAAAGACUUUUAAGUUUCUUUGAUUGGUCUCAUAGUCAGUUGGGUGUGCCCCAAAAGUUGCAUUCUUUUUCGAUUAUGGCUGUUCUUUUGUGUAAUAACAAGCUUUUUGGCCAUGCCCAUGGUGUGUUGGAGAGGAUGGUUAGGACUAGGAAGCCGGCUUUGGAGGUUUUGGAUUCUGUUGUGAGGUGUUUUAGAGAGUUUGAUGGGUCUGAUAUGGUGGUUUUUGAGAUUUUAAUUAAUGUGUUCAGGUUGGGAGGUGGGUUGUAUGAGGCUGCUGAUGUGUUUUUGGGUGUUAAGAGUGUUGGGAUUAUGCCGCGGUUGGAGUGCUGUAAUGCUCUGUUGAAUGAGUUGUUGAAGGGUAAUAGGAUGAAUCUGUUCUGGAAAGUGUAUGAUGGGAUGGUAGAGGCUAAGAUUGAGCCGGAUUUUUACACUUACAGUAAUGUGAUCAAUGCACAUUGUAAGUUUGGGGAUGUUAGGGAGGGUAAGAGGGUGCUGUUUGAGAUGGUAGAGAAGGGUUGUAAUCCGAAUUUGAGUACCUUCAAUGUGGUGAUUGAUGGGUUGUGUAGAAGUAGGGAUGUUGAUGAAGCCAUUGAGUUGAAGAAGUUGAUGGUUGUGAAGGGAUUGACCCCCGAUAGGUAUGCUUAUUCGGUACUGGUUGAUGGAUUAUGCAGACAGAAGAGAUCAGAAGAAGCGAAGUUGGUACUGAACAAGAUGAUUGAUAUAGGUUUGAAUCCUGACCGCAACUUGUACAUUACUUUGAUUGACGGAUUCUUGAAAGAAAGUAAGGUGGAUAAGGCCCUGAGGAUCAAAGAAGAGAUGGUUGCCCGAGAAGUUAAGUUGUGUGGUGUCACAUAUAAUGUGAUUUUUGCAGGGAUCUGUAAAAUAGGUAAGAUGGAGAAGGCAGAAGGUCUCUUGAAUGAGAUGAAUGCUAUGGGAAUUGAACCUAAUACCCAGACAUAUAACUAUUUAAUUGACGGGUACUGCCGGGAGCAAAAUGUAAACAAGGCUUAUGCAUUACUUAAUGAGAUGAAGCAAAGGAACUUGGCACCCAAUGAGGUAACUUGUGGAGUGGUAAUAAAUGCUCUAUGCCGGUCUGGAGAUCUAGAAGGGGCUAAUAAUGUUUUGAAGGUAAUGAUCACUGGGGGUUUGAAACCUGGUAGAGUUAUCUACACAACUCUAAUAAAAGGUCAUCUACAAGAAAGAAAAUCUGAAGAGGCGAUAAAAUUAUUGAAGGAAAUGAGUGAAACAGGUGUCACUCCUGAUGUCUUUUGCUACAAUUCUCUCAUAAUUGGCCUGUGCAAAGCUGGGAAAUUCGAUGAAGCCAACACUUAUUUGGUGGAAAUGGUUGACAGAGGACUAAAGCCUAAUGCAUAUACUUAUGGGGCUUUUGUUCAUGGGUACUGUAAGGAGAAGGAAAUGCAACUAGCGAAUAGGUAUUUCAAGGAGAUGCUAGGUUGUGGUAUAGCUCCUAGUGAUUUUAUCUAUAACGCCUUGAUUGAAGGACAUUGUAAAGAGGGUAACUUGGUAGAAGCUCUUUCAACAUUUAGAUCCAUGUUUGGACGAGGGGUGACCCCAGACAUCAGAACAUACAGUGUCAUCAUUCAUGGUCUCUCCAGGGGAGGAAAACUUGAGGAAGCAAUGGGGAUAUUCUCUGAGCUCCUUGGCAGGAAUUUGGUUCCAGAUGUAUUUACAUACAGUUCUCUCAUAUCUGGCUUUUGCAAACAGGGAAAUGCAGAGAAGGCUUUCCACCUUCUUGAACAAAUGUCUCAGAGAGGUAUUAAACCAAACAUCGUCACUUAUAAUGGCUUGAUUAAUGGAUUGUGCAAGUCUGGCGACAUUGACAGAGCCAGAAAACUAUUUAAUGCAAUUCCAGGAAAGGGUUUGACUCCUAAUGCUGUGACUUAUGCUACAAUGAUGGACGGGUAUAGCAAAUCUGGCAAAUUAAUUGAGGCUUUACAACUAUUAGAUGAGAUGCAACUCCAUGGAAUUCCUACUGAUAGCUUCAUUUACUGCACCCUGAUUGAUGGGUUCUGCAUGACUGGUGAUCUACACAAGGCCUCGUCUUUAUUUAAUGAAAUGGUAGAUAAGGGUCUUGAUGCCACUUCUGCUUUCAAUGCAUUGAUCGACGGCUUCUGUAAAUUGGGGAUGCAUAUUGAAGCUACACAGGCCUGUUGA